AUUGUGGGUUCCAUUAUCUUGUGUUGUUGAGUUCUAUUACUUUGGCUUAGAAAUCUAAGAAAGAAGAAAAGAAAAGAAGAAGGAGAUGCAGACUAUUAAGGAGAAGAUACAAGACAUGAGCGCUAUGCGCCAGGUCAAAGCUGAAGCCAAGGCUGAAGAACAGGCUGAGAAAGAACUUGCCAAGGCAAGAUUGGAUGUUGCUCGUGAGGUAAGGAAGGCAAAAGAAGCAGAGGCCCAGAUGGAUUUGCAUGUGACAAAAGCUGCAGAGAGGGUUGACAAGGAGAUUGCAAAGCACCAGGAGCUUGGAGUUAAUGAUCCCAUUGUUGGAAUUACAGACGACAGCCAGGACCGCCUUCCAGUGAGUGCUGGCGGAAAUAUGGGCACCACCACUAACAUUAACACUAACAAUAUGACUAACACGGCGGCGGCCAAGCCUAAUCCCAACCCCAAGUUAUUUUAAAUUUCUUGAUAGCUCAGAUAUCCCUUGAUUGGAGAAGGUUUUGGAGCAAGUUAUGUACUGAUGAAAGAAGCAUCAUUUUGUAUGUUCAACUCUUUCUUUGUUAUUUUUUAAUUGAUUUGUCGUAAAAACAAAUUUUUUUAUGACAUUAUUUUCUCACUAUUUAAUUG